AUGGAGGAGGGAUCCAGAGACCAGGGACAACAGGGUGUGGGGACAACAGAUCCUGAGGAGGACUCUCCCAACAUGAUCAUCUACAGAAAGAUUGAAGAUGUCAUUAUGCGGAUACAGGAUGAGAAGGCAGGAGGGGUGGCCAUCCGAACUGUCAAGAGCUUCCUGUCCAAGAUCCCCAGUGUGGUAUCAGGAGCAGACAUUGUGCAGUGGCUGAUGAAAAACCUCUCCAUUGAGGACUCAGCUGAAGCCAUUCAUUUAGGGAGCCUGAUCGCUGCCCUUGGCUACCUCUUCCCGAUCUCCGACCACGUCCUCACUCUCAAAGAUGAUGGGACCCUGUACCGCUUCCAGGCUCCAUACUUCUGGCCCUCUAAUUGUUGGGAACCUGAAAACACAGACUAUGCUAUUUACCUGUGCAAGCGCACCAUGCAGAACAAGGCCAGGCUGGAGCUAGCUGACUACGAGGCUGAGAACCUGGCUCGACUGCAGAGGGCCUUCGCCAGGAAGUGGGAGUUCAUCUUCAUGCAAGCUGAGGCGCAGGUCAAGAUCGACAGGAAGAAGGACAAGGCUGAGAGGAAGAUCCUAGACAGCCAGGAGAGGGCAUUCUGGGACGUCCAUCGCCCUGUGCCAGGCUGUGUAAACACCACAGAGAUGGACAUUCGCAAGUGCCAGAGAGAGAAGAAUCCACAGAGGGUGAAAAAGUCGGUGUAUGGGGUAACAGACGACACCCAGACUCAGAGUUCAGUCCACCAGUCCCUCCCGUCCCAGCCGGCCAGGAAGCCCACCAGAGAGGACGUGCAGAAGGAGAUUUCCUUCUUGAACAUGCAGCUGGACAGACACUGUAUGAAAAUGUCCAAAGUAGCAGACAGCCUCAUGAGCUACACAGAGCAGUUCAUGGUCUACGAUCCUUUAGCGUCAACUAUUGAACCGUCCAACCCCUGGAUCAGCGAUGACAUGAGUUUCUGGGACCUGGAGGCUAGCCGGGACCCCAGCCAGCACCGUGUGAAGAAGUGGGGCUUCUCUCUGGAGGAGGCCCUCAAGGACCCAGCGGGACGGGACGCUUUCCUCAAGUUCCUGGAGUCAGAGUUCAGCUCAGAGAACCUCCGGUUCUGGUUGGCAGUGCAGGACCUGAAGCGGAGGCCCCUUGAGAACGUGGCGGCCAGGGCCCAGGAGAUCUGGCAGGAGUUCCUGGCAGAGGGUGCACCCAGCUCCAUCAACCUGGACUCCCACAGCUAUGAGCUCACCAGCCAUAACCUAAAAGAUCCUGGACGAUACAGCUAUGAGGACGCACAGGAACACAUCUUCAAGUUGAUGAAAAGUGACAGCUAUGCACGCUUCCUGAGAUCCACCAUUUAUCAGGACCUCCUGCUAGCCAGAAAGAAGCUGACAGAGGGUGAGCAGGGCCGCCGUACCUCCCUGGAAAAGUUCACCCGCAGUGUGGGCAAGUCGUUGACGGGCAAGCGGCUGACAGGGCUGAUGCAGUCAUCCUGA